CCCCUCCCCGCUGUCACCGCUGUCCCCUCCCCGUGUCCCCGGUCCUUUCCCCGUGUCUCGGUCCUUUCCCUGAUGUCACCGCUGUCACCGUUGUCCCCUCCCCGUGUCCCGUUAAAAUCCGGUCCCGCUCCGCUGUCGCCGAUGUCGCCGCUCGCCGACCCCGAGACUCGCGCGGCGGCCCCGCGGAGCUGCCGCUGCCUCUGCCCGGGCCGGGACAUGAGCCAGAACCGGGACCGGGACCAGAACCGGAACCAGGACCGGGACCGGGACCAGGGCCGGGACAAGAACCAGGACUGGGACAUGAGACAGGACCAGAACGGGCACCAGAACUGGGAGCAGAACCGGGACCAGGACCGGGACCAGGACCGGGACAAGAACCGGGAGCGGGACCAGGACCGGGACAAGAACCGGGACCGGGACCCGAACUGGGACCCGAACUGGCACCAGAACUGGGAGCAGAACCGGGACCAGAACGGGCACCAGAACCGGGACCGGGACUGGGACCGGGACAUGAUCCAGGACCAGAACGGGCACCAGAACCAGAACUGGAACCGGGACCAGAACGGGCACCAGAACCGGGACCAGAACGGGCACCAGAACCAGAACUGGGACCGGAACCGGGACCAAAAUUGGGACCGGAACCGGGACAUGAGCCAGGACCAGAAUGGGCACCAGAACCGGGAGCAGAACCCGCACCAGAAUUGGGAGCAGAACCGGGACCGGGACGGGGACUGGGACCGGAACCGGGACAUGAGCCAGGACCAGAACGGGCACCAGAACCAGAACUGGGACCGGAACCGGGACCGGGACCGGGACAUGAGCCAGGACCAGAACUGGGACCGGAACUGGGACCGGAACGCACACCAGAACCAGAACCGGGACCGGAACCGGGACUGGGACCAGAACAGAGCCAUGAACCGGGGCCAGAACUGGGACCAGAACCGGGAGAAGAACUGGGAGCAAAAGCAAAACCGGGACGGGGAACGGAACUGGGGCCAGAACCGGGACCAGAAGCGGGACCGGGACCGGGACUUGGAGCGGAACCAGUACGGGGAUCAGAACCGGGACUUGGAGCGGAACCAGAACCAGAACCGGGACCGGCCGUGGCCGCGGGGUCCGGGCCGGGCGCGCUCCCGGUGCCGCCGCCUGGCCGCGGCCGUGGCCGCUCUCGCCGCUCUCGCCGCCGCCGCCGCGCUCGGAGCCGCCGCCGCCGCCCUGGGGACGCUCCGGGGGCGGCCCCCGGUGAAGGCUGCCACCGCCGCCCAUGUCCUGCUCAGUGCCGGCUCGCUGUCCCCGUCCCCCCCCUGGCGCUACGAGGAUGGCGUUCGGGGCGUUCACCUCAGCGGUGACAUCCGUCGUGCCACCGCGGGGACACUGCGGGUGACAUCCGGCGGCCUGUACCUCCUCUACGGCCAACUGAGUGUCACCUGCACCGCGGCCACCUGUCCCCGAGGCGGUGUCACCCUCCGGCUGCGCCGCGCCGCGUCCCCCAGGCCACUGCUGGCGGUGCCACUCGCGCUGCCGGUGACACCCGGGGGCCACCAGCGGCGCUCGGCGCUGGCCCAGGCCGUGGGCCACCUCUGGCCUGGGGACAUCCUCAGCCUGGAGAUGGUUGGGGACAGCCUUGGGGACAGCGGAGGGGACAGCCUCGGGGACAGCGGAGGGGACAGCGCAGGGGACGCGGGCGGGUGGCAGUUGGCACAGGAUGAGCGGGAGGACAACUUCGUGGGGAUGCUGCGGAUCGCGGGAGGGUGACAGAGGGUGACAGAGGGUGGUGGCAGCGGGUGGUGGCACCGGAUGGUGGCAUUGG